AUGUGUAGGAAUUCGCAUUGCAUUAUCACCACAGUCUGCUUCGCACCUGCGACAUAUCCUGCUCUUUUUGGUCUCAUUGCUUCCACUUGCUCAGUCGCGCCCUACGAACGUGAUCAACGUCGUUUCAAAUUCAAUAGACGUGCCACUCAACACACGCCUUCACCCCAGGCGAAACAACAGAAUUCGCCGCUCUACGAAACGUGA